AGCACGGGAGUGGAAAUUGUUGGGGUGUUUUUAUUUACAAAAUUCAGUGAUUCAUAGCAAAACAUCUGCAAAAAUUUACAAAUUCUGCGGAAAUCCAUGAAGUUGAUCGUUUUCUGUACGGUUUAACUGUUGCUUCUGCUUUGCCUUCUACUAGUUAAAAGUUGCCUGUUUCAUUAUAGUCAUGGGACUGUUCGGAAAAAGUCAAGAACGUAACCCGAAGGAUUUGGUUCAAGAAUGGUCUUCAAAGCUGAGAAAAGAAUCAUUGGCGCUAGACCGGCAGAUUCGAUCCAUUCAAAGGGAGGAAGAUAAAAUCAAGCGGUCUCUCAAAGAGGCUGCCAAGAAAAACGAUAAAGAGGUUUGUACCAUCUUUGCCAAGGAGCUGAUCCGGUCCCGAAAGGCUAUCAACAAGAUAUAUACGAGCAAAGCACACAUAAAUUCGGUGCAACUGCAGAUGAAAAACCAAUUGGCCACGAUACGAGUUGCCGGGUCACUUUCCAAAUCGACGGAAGUGAUGCAAGCGAUGCAGGCUUUGGUUAAAUUACCGGAAGUGGCCGCCUCGAUGCGGGAAAUGUCGAAGGAAAUGAUGAAGGCCGGCAUCAUCGAGGAGAUGAUUGACGAGACGAUGGAAUCGCUAGAAGAUGUGGAUGAGAUGGAGGAAGAGGCCCAGAAGGAGGUCGAUAAGGUGCUGUGGGAAAUCACGGCUGGCAAGCUGGGCGAGGCACCAUCUGCUCCGAUGGCCGCACCGGCCAAGGAGAGUGAAGGCGAAGCUUCCGGCGUGGCCUCUAUGGACGCCGAAGAGGACGAGGAAGAUAUGAAGGACAUGCAAAGUCGGCUGCAAGCGUUAAGGUCUUAGAAUAAACGCAGGGAAUGUAACCGCUUUCUACUUACUUCUUAGCCGUUCAAUUUAUGUACUUCUGUUUGACUCGAUUACUUUUACUAAUAGUCAGAUGUUAAGCUUCCUUCUGCUUGACGGAGAAGGGAGUUUUUUUUUCUUUAGCGUACCGCAGUGUCCUCUUGUUAGUUUUGUAUAUAUAAAUUGAAGGAUAAGUUUGUUUUUCCUUUCUUAAGUUACUCACAACUGCUAUGAGAUCAAGUUAGGAAGUACAAGAUUAUUGAGAGGCCCGUUAAGCAGCUGCUGCAUCCGAGCUAUUUACCGUUCGUCGUUACUGUGUGGAACGAUUCAAACAAUUUACUGUGAAAAUUGAAUGUAUUAACCAGUUUAGUUAUAUACUUACCAAAGUAAUAAACUUUGAAUCCAUAUAAUACCAAAAGUUGAUUUCAAUACUGAUUCUAGCCGAAAUUUCUGAUAUGUGUCAUUUUAAAAACCAAACAUCUCGUUUUCUUU